AGAUAAUUACUGCUAGUACUAAACUUUGUUUUGAUCGUCUCUUCCAAAUUUGACAAAUGUUCUCGUUGUUCUGCGUAAUUGUUUUGAGUGUCAGUCACCAAAUAGUUUGCUCCAAAUCCCACAACUAUUACAGUAACUUUUUUGAAUAGUACUCUUUUCCUUAAUAGCAGUAGAAAAACUAUGUGAGCAAAAAGUUUCUAGCUUUUUGUUAAACAAGUGAAGUGGGUAUCUGCUAAUUCACUUUCAAGAAACCCUUAAUGGCAAAGAAGAGGGGUAAGAAGAUGUUGAACAAAGAAGAAAUUGCAGAAGAUUGGUGCUUUGAGUGUAAAGAUGGAGGAGAGCUCAUGAUUUGUGAUUAUGGGGAUUGUUUGAAAGCUUAUCACCCUGCAUGUGUCGGUAAAGAUGACUCAGUUUUGACAAGUGAUAAACGUUGGAUAUGUGGAUGGCAUGCAUGCUUAGUUUGCCACAGAAGUUCAAACUAUCACUGUUAUUGUUGUGAUAGAGCCGUAUGCUCACGCUGCAUUCGUCAUAUCGAUUUUGUCCUUAUUAAAGAGAAGUAUGGAUUCUGCAAUAACUGCUUAAAGCUCGCAUUGCUUGUGGAAGAUGACAGGAAUUUUGAUUCUGAUGGGGAAAGUGUAGACCUCAGAGAUCGGGAAACAUACGAGGGCCUUUUCAGGGAGUAUUACGAGAUAGUAAAGGAAAAAGAAGGAUUUGACAAAAAUAGUCUUCUUGCUGGUAAGGCUCAACUAGACAAGGAGAAGAUCUGUCGCAUUAGCUCCGAUUCAGAUAAACAUAGUGAAGAUGAGGAUGAACACAGUGAAGAAGAGGAUGAACCGCUUUCUUCGGACAGUGGAGAUUUCAGUGAAGGAGAACCUCAGAAGAAAAGGCUUAAAAAGAAAAGAUCUACACAGCCGAAAACAAAGGUGCAAAGAAAAAUCAAUUCAAAGAAAAAAGAAUUUAUCGGGUGGGGUUCAAAAGCUCUAAUUGACUUUCUUCAGUUUAUUGGUCAAGAUACCAGAGAAAAAUUAUCCCAAUAUGAUGUGACAUCGAUAGUAACUAAAUAUAUAAAAGACCAUAACCUUUUCCAUCCAGUUAAAAAGAAAAGGAUCCUUUGUGAUGUUCGGUUACAAGCUGUUUUUGGGAAGAAGGUGAUAAACAGACACAGAAUAUUUGGCCUCCUUGAAAGCCAUUUUUUUGAAAAUGAGGAGCGAUUACAAAAGGAUGAGCUUGAUGAUGAUCUUGAAGACGAUGACACAGAAAUGUUGGUGGCUCCUAAAACUGAGAAAAAGGUUGAACAAAAGAAGAUAUCCUCAAUUUGGUAUUCAACUCCAGCACAAAGUAAAUAUGCAGCCUUGGUUCCUGAAAAUAUCAAACUCGUUUACCUGAAGAGGAGCUUGUUGCUGGAGAUGAUUAAGCAGCCCCAGUCAGUUGAAACCAAGAUUAUAGGAAGCUUUGUUCGGGUCAAGUUAGAUCCAUGUGAUUAUGAGCAGCGUAACUCUCAUCAGCUUGUGCAAAUUGCAGGGAUCAAGCUCGGAUCAAGUGAUAAGUACGACUCUGAGAGUUUAAUUCAAGUUUCAAAUAUGGCCAGAGAAUUUUGCUUGACCAUGCUUUCUGAUGAUGAGUUUUCUAAGGAAGAAUGUGAUGAUCUGGGAGAGAGGGUGAAAUCUGGCCUGCUUAAAAAGCUUACAAUUGUGGAGCUUGAGCAGAAGGCUAAAAUCCUUCAUGAGGACAUCACAAAGCAUAGGAUUGCUCGAGAGCUGGAAUUGUUGCAGAAACUCAUUGAUCGGGCAAAUGAGAAAGGAUGGAGACAUGAACUUUUCCAGCAUCUGGAGAAACGAAAGCUCCUCAAGCAACCUUCAUACCUGUCAUUUGUGCUGCAGAAUAUUCCUGGAGUGGUUGCAGAGGAAGUAGAGCUUGCAUCUCUUGAUAGGACUGACAAUCAGAUGCUCCAGUUCGCAGAUAAGACAACCCCUGCGAAGCAGAAUAUUCCCGGAGUCACUUCUGAGAAAGUAGAGCUUGAACCUUUGGCUGAGGAAGAGAAAGAUGGCAAUCAGAUGCAACAAUGCUUAGAUGAGACGACCCCUACCAAAAGAAUUACUCGUGGAGUGAUUCCUGAAGAAGUAGAGCUUGAACAUCUGGGUAAAGAUGAGAGAGAUGGCGAUAAGAUGCAUCAAUGCACAGAUGAGAUGACUCCUACUGGAGUUGUCAAAUGUGAACCGGAAGAUGGAGCACCUUGCUCUGGUAGUUAGUAGAUGUAAUGAAGCUUUGUGCAACUUUCCCCAUCUUCUCCUUCCUUGGUCAACUUAGGUGUUGUUAAGCGUUUCCUGGUAAACUUUAGUAGCUCGUCUCCAACGGAGGGAAGAUGCUUCUGUCAGUUGCUAGUCUUACCUUGGGGUAUUUUGAUUUUAGUUGCUACAAAGACUAUCCAGUUCUAGCUUGUUAAUAUAUUCCAGCCCGUUAAAGACUUUUUUCGGACCGCUCUAGUUGUUAUAAGAAAAACCGGGUGAAAGUUAUUUUGAAGUUGCAUUUGCUCUUACCCCAAAUCAUGAUUCAUGAAAAUGGAUCAAAGGGGUAUUAUGCUGUAAUCUUUUCAACUAAAUGCAACUUAUCUCCCUUUUCCAA